AUGGGUGACCGUUCAAGAAGCAGAUCACCGAGAAGACGAUAUGAUGGGGAUCGGGACCGGCCUCGCAAGGCUGGAGGAGGGUUUCGGUGGAAAGACAAGCGUCACGAUGGUGACAGACCCGGAGCAGAAGAUAGCAGGCUGAGCCGGGGUUAUAGAGACAGAGGAGACCGGCCACGGUCGCCACGAAGGGAACGAGACUCGGAUCGAUACAGAGACAGUUACAGGGAUGGCGAUCGCGACCGCGACCGAAAACGACCAGACGAUAGUCAGAGAGAUGAGCGCCGGGAAAAAAAGAAGGAGAAGCCGGAGAAGAAGGCUGCAGAGAAGAAGGCUGUUGUGGCACCACAAUCCUCAGAACCUAUGAUUGUGGUGCAUGUUAACGAUCGUCUGGGAACCAAGGCUGCGAUACCAUGUCUUGCAUCUGAUCCUAUCAAGCUCUUCAAGGCCCAGGUAGCCGCCCGUAUCGGACGCGAACCACAUGAGAUUUUACUCAAACGCCAAGGUGAACGACCGUUCAAGGAUCAGCUCACAUUGGAAGACUAUGGAGUCAGCAACGGGGUCCAGCUUGACCUGUGA